GUUUUUGCGCAUUUGGGAUAAGUGGCUGUGACCUAAAUUAAGUGCGUUUGCUUGGAAACAAUUAUGCUGAGUUAAAUCGAAAGUGUUUGAUUUUUUAAUUGUGUUUAAAGCUUUCCACAUUUAAAAAUGACUUGAAAGUCUUCAGCAGUCUUCGGUGAAUAUACCACUGUCGGAUGAAAAGUCAGCCAUAAUUUUACCGUCAAAUAAAAGUAGAUUUUCUUUAUCGCACAAAAUAAUUCAUAUAACAUGCGAGAAUGCAUUUCAGUACACGUGGGCCAAGCUGGUGUGCAGAUAGGGAACGCCUGCUGGGAGCUGUAUUGCUUGGAGCAUAACAUCCGGCCGGACGGUCGCUUGAAUUGUGACAAGGCGCCCAAACUAGAAGAUGACAGCUUCAACACGUUCUUUUCGGAGACGGGCGCUGGCAAGCGGGUGCCACGAGCUGUGUUUGUGGACCUGGAGCCGACGGUGGUGGAUGAGGUGCGCUCCGGUCCCUACCGCCAGCUCUUCCACCCGGAGCAGAUGAUCACUGGCAAGGAGGACGCUGCCAGCAACUACGCCCGCGGCCACUACACCAUCGGCAAGGCCAUAAUCGAGCGCGUGCUGGAUCGCAUCAGGAAGCUAGCUGACCAGUGCAGCGGUUUGCAGGGCUUCCUGGUGUUCCACUCGUUCGGCGGCGGCACCGGCUCCGGCUUCACCUCGCUGCUGAUGGAGCGUCUCAGCGUCGACUACGGCAAGAAGUCAAAGCUGGAGUUCGCCAUUUAUCCGGCGCCACAGGUCUCCACCGGGGCCGUGGAGCCGUACAACUCGGUGUUAACAACUCACUCCUCACUAGACCACUCGGACUGUGCCUUUAUGGUGGACAACGAGGCCAUCUACGACCUCUGCCGACGUGGUCUUGGCAUCGAGCGGCCGUCUUACAUCAACCUGAACCGUCUCGUCGGUCAGAUUGUCUCCUCCAUCACGGCCUCGCUGCGCUUCAGUGGACCACUGAACGUCGAUCUGAUCGAAUUCCAGACCAACCUGGUGCCGUACCCGCGUAUCCACUUCCCGCUGGUCACCUACGCUCCGGUUAUCUCGGCUGAGAAGGCCUACCACGAGCAGCUGACGGUCUCCGAGAUCACCAACGCCUGCUUCGAACCGGCCAACCAGAUGGUCAAGUGCGACCCGCGCCACGGCAAGUACAUGGCCUGCUGCAUGCUGUACCGUGGAGACGUUGUCCCCAAGGACGUCAACGCCGCCAUCGCAGUCAUCAAGACCAAGAGGGCUAUCCAGUUCGUCGACUGGUGUCCGACUGGCUUCAAGGUGGGUAUCAACUGCCAGCCGCCGACUGCGGUGCCCGGCGGCGACCUGGCCAAGGUGUGCCGCGCGCUGUGUAUGCUAUCCAGCACCACGGCCAUCGCCGAGGCGUGGUCGCGCCUCGACCACAAGUUCGACUUGAUGUUCGCCAAGCGCGCCUUCGUGCACUGGUACGUCGGCGAGGGCAUGGAGGAGGGCGAGUUCUCCGAGGCCCGUGAAAGCAUGGCGGUACUAGAAAAAGAUUUCGAGGAGCUAGCGUUGGACUUUGUUGAAGUUGAAGAUGAUGAGUCCAUUUCUUAAAAGAGUGCAAUUUGUGGACGAUUACAAAAAGGUGCCACGUAUUUCCAUUUUCCAUAGAGGUGAAGUUCUGAGUUGCAUUGCAUUGGAUUGUCCUCCGAUUUGACCAUUACAUUUACACAAUAAAAAAACAUCUCCACCGUAAAGGAGUGCUAAAGCCUAAAA